CGGCUGCUAUGCCAGACUUGGUCCGAUGUGCUUGUCCCAACGAUGAUGGGCACCACAACGCCAUCGCUGUCGGUUGCCGCCAUUUCGGUGGGCUAAAAAUGACUUUUGCUAGUCGGGAUUGGGCUUCUUUCCGACUCCUCGACGCCAAAUAUGUCGACCAAGAUCAACAAUGGGCUCUUCAUGGGCGACGUGGACGCCGCGCAGGACGCCGACUUUUUGAGUCUCAACGGCAUUGAGUUUGUCGUCAACUGCGUUCCGUGCGAGAUGCCCAACGUCUUUGAAGCCGACGGCGUCCAGUACUUGGCGCUCGACAUGGUCGAAGACCCGUCGAGCAGUGCGCUCCUCUUUGAUUUGCGGAGCCAAGAGUUUUUGGACGUCGUCGACUUUCUCGAGAGCGCGAUGGAGCAGAGCCAGAGCGUCCUCGUGCAUUCGAUGGACGGCGUCUCGCGCAGCCCGAGCGUCAUGAUGAGCUACCUCAUGGUCAAGUACCAAUGGAGCCUCGACAAGGCGUUCGACUACGUCAAGAUGAAGCGCGGCGACAUCAACGUGCACCCUGCGUACCUCGAGCAGCUGUCGAGCCUCGACAGCCAGCUUCAAAUCAAGUUUGCGGGGCGGAUUUCGCGCCAAAAGCGCUGCGAGUGGGACCCGCGCCAUACUGAUCCCACCACGGACGAGCUCGUGCUCGUCAACACGUUUUUGAACGUUGCGUCGACAGCAGCGGGCACUGAUGACGACGACCGGGAGCGGCGCGACCUGGCCGCCAAGACCAAGAAGAGCCUGCUGUGGCUCGACUUGUGUCCGCGUCUGCGCAAGAUGCACCCCGACUAUGACUUUACAAAGCUCGAGCGACCGCCGAGCGCCUCGUAUAGCGCCCUUGUGGCUGGCAACGGGUGGGUCGACACCCUCGAGCCGGUUGCUCGGCGCCGCGGUGUCGAGUCCCGACCGGUACAGGACGUCGACUUGAGCCUAACAGACGACGACGAGAGUGAACCGGCCAAGCCCGCGGCCGACAGCUGGGACCUCUCGUACUCGGAUCCAGGCAUUGGCCACGACGCCGACUCGAAACAGUACGACACGGACGACGACGGGCGCAAGACGCGCCACGGAUCGAUUCCGAGCCACCACAUCAUGGCGAGCAAGGCCGUGGCCAAGCGAGACGAGAGUAACCAGCAGCACUCGCCAACCGAAGCGCCUUCGUCGGGUGCUCCGCGGUACCUUCAACACACCAAGAGUUCGCGCAACGCAAAACUGCUCGUCAAGCCGCCGCUGCCUCGCCGAGGGUCGAGCAAGCCCGACCAGCUCGGGGACAUGCUCCAGCGCUUCAAGCUCGACGACGACGCGAGUCGUAGCAGUACUACUACAAAGCCCCGGACGCGGCCAGGCCCAACCAAGGCCAAGGUACCGCCGCGCCCUCGCACGUCGCCGUCAAGUACCAAGCCAAAAGCAUCGCUCAUGCAAAAUGUGAUUCGCGGCAAGAGCUCGUCCAACGCCAUCAAUCCCGCGAUCCAUGUGACGCCCGUCAAGACCCGGCGCAAUGUGCCCACGCCACCGGUCGUCUACGGCUGGGCCGAGAAGAAGCAAGGGCCGACAAAGAAGCCGGACGCAGUCAAGCCGCCAAGUUUGCGCCAAGCAGGCAACCGCGUGACGCCGGCCAAGUGGCGAUAGAGGGAUCGAUCCCCCGCAUCGACGUAAUGCACCAUACCUGCCCUCUUGCGCCUUUUAGAACCAAGUAGAACGCAGGCACAAAGGGUUAGUAGCUGGAGUGUGAC